GUUUAUAAUAAUGAUCCCAAAAAUAAUAGCUUAUUAAUUUGUCACCAUAAUUGGUAACAUAUAUUAAUACUUACUAGUGUGUGAUACAGAUACCAUUUCGUACUAAUCUACCAAUUUAUACCGUUAUUAAAAAAUUCCUUAUAAGGUGAAACUUUUUAAAUGGCCUUGUUAAAAGUAGUGGAACAUCGAUUGUUCUAACAAUUUCAAUGCGCUCAUCGGUAAGCUAUAUAUUAUCGCACGCGCCCGGGGAGUCGGUGAUGUCGCACCCGGACUACACACAGGAGACACAGCACCAUGCAUGCCUUUUGGUGCUGGUCAAAGGUAUUGGGGGCGUACUCAAAAAUUUUAAUAAACUAUGGGAGCGUAUACAGAAAAUAAAUAACAUCAAAGUUACAGAUUCAAAUGGACAAGUGAGAGAUAUUUGGGUUAGAUAUGUACGAGAUUAUCCAGUUGAAAACAAUGAUUGGGGUGAUUUUCAAACUCAUAGACGUCUACUUGGACUGAUAUCAAUAAGUAAAUUUACAAACCAGGUUGAGCUAAAUGAAGUAUGCAGAGUUCAUGAAUCACUUAAAGUGAAAUAUACAAACACCUUAUAUGACUCCAGAGCUUUUAUGUUUGGUCCUGGGAAUAAUUUGAAAAAACCAGAACAAGAACCAGAAACAUACAGUGUUGGUUUAGAUGAUGAUAAAGUGGCUAAAGAAAAAUCAACCUUCAGUGAUAAAAUCUCAUUACCAAGUGAGCAAAUAGAUAGCUUAUCAUCAACAGACAGCUUUCCGAGAUCUUCAUCAUCAGCCUCAUACUCUUUGCCAGAAGAGAACUUUACAACACCAUCCAAUUUUAAAACCCAUGCUAUGUUUUAUGGGGAAAAUGAUCCAGUACUUGACUUGGAGCAACACGUUGCAGAUUUGAUUAAUUCAUUGUUUUGGGUUGUCGAGUCUAAGCGAUUGGAAAGGUCUAAGGAGAAAUUAGAAAAGGUCUCUUUAUUAUUAGCGCCAUUUGAGAAGCGUGACUUUGUUGGUCUUGAUAUGGAAUCACGCAAUAAUAAAAAGAGAUGUAUGGGGAGGGUGACAAAAAACCUUGCAGAUUUGACCCUACAAGCUGGUCUAGUGGGAGAGUCACUGACUUUAUACCAUUCCUCAGCUGAAAUUCUAAAAUCAGUUAAUGACUGGCUAUGGCUUGCUGCUGCUAAGGAAGGUCACUGCGCUGCCUCUGCAAUUCUAAUUUAUCCAAACCUUCGAAACUCAACACCGUUACAACGUAACGCAAGUCUUCAAGAAAACUCUCCACUUAAAUUAAAAUCCCUCUCACUCUACCAACCAAGCGACCCGUUCAGAAAAUUCAAACCAAAUUCACCGCUCAAAGUGUCCAGUCCGGUCAAUCCACCCAGCGAGCUGACUCCAUCAUCAUCGGAAAGCAUGGAGACAUCAUCGCGGCAGUCGGAAUCAGAGAAUGCUGAUACCGAGUCUCUGUCUAGCGAUAUUGAAUACCAGAGCCAAAGAUCUUACCUCACACCGGACUUGCCUUCGAUACCAAGACAGCCUCAUCUACAAAGCCAGCACCUUCUGAGUGGAGAAGAUAUAGCAGAGAAAUAUCGCAAAGCCAUAAUCCACUAUAGUAAAUAUCAAAACGCUGGGAUAAUUGAGACGGAAGCAUGCUUCAAAGCGGCAAGAAUAGCCGUGGAACAGAAUAAUAGUCUGAUCGCGUCUGGGUUUCUGCAAAAUGUUAUGUUUAUUAAUUUGACGUUGAGUGAACAGGAGAAGAUUCAGCGGUUUGACACAUUGGCCGAGCUUUACAAGGAAAUUGGAUUUCUUCGCAAGGCGGCGUUUUGUCAACGAUUAGCGGCAACUCGUCACGUGAGCGCUAAUAACCCAAAUCCGGAUUGGAGACGCUGCUACUACCUCAUGCUGCACAGCUUCCCAGGACAUCGACUUAGCCUGGAUCCCGGUUAUGCUGUACAGCAUCAAGUUGGCUGGCCCGUUCUUCAAAUCCAGUUAUUACAAGAAGUAGUGGUAGCAGCGAAACGUAUGGUGCACCCGGCACUCGCGACGCGGCAUAUGACUUUCCUGCUGCAGGCCAUGUGGCCUCAUCUCGGGAAACACGAGCAGAGAGAUCUCGCUAUACAGCUUCAGGCACUUUCCGCCCAAUGCGAGGGUGGACCUGUUCCGUUAGUACUAGAGACUGGCGAAGUGAUACCCCCCGCAAAUCUGACACAUGUGCCCCAUUGUUCCCAUUUCACACCGCGGCCAUUACCACCUCCUCGGAUGCCACAUCUCAUCAAAUCUAAGCCCCAACAGGGACCUUUUAUAUUCACACCGAUACAUUUUGGAAGCUUGGAACGGACCAAGAAAGAUGAGGGGAAGAUGGAGUACCUCUGGGUUGAGGACGACAUAUGUGAGGUCCAAAUGAAACUAACAAACCCACUACCAUUCGAGUUAAAAGUGUCGAAUAUGCGUCUGUUAACCUCUGGUGUGGUAUUCGAAUCGAUCCCGGAGACGAUAAUACUACCCCCAGACUCCCCAACGACAGUCAAUCUCCACGGCACCCCAAAAGAAGUGGGGGAGUUGCAAAUUUUGGGAUAUUCCACCCAUACGUUGGGAGUGAAAUCUAAUUGCCGACUUAAGAAUAUGCCGCUACCGAAUAAAUUUCCGGCGUCGUUUAGCCUCGAUGUUAUCCCAAAAUUGCCGACAAUCACAAUUGAGACUGAACUCAUCUCGGGAAUUGAGUCAUGCGGGAGUGUCACUAAUCUAUCGUUAUACAAUGGAGAGAGCACGGAAUGUGCCAUUAAAAUAACUAACACGAGCAGUGUCCCGAUUGAGUACUUGGAUAUUUCCCUUCAGUCAAAUAUGGACAGCCAAUUACAGUCAAAAGUAUUCCAAUGGUCCAACGAUGAUAUCCAAUCCCAAUUGCCGAUAAAACCCAACGCAGUCGCCACAAUUAUAAUGAAAUUGUAUGGGGAAGCAGACUUUUUGGAUUUAGGGGGCUGUGAUUUAUUUCCCAAUAGUUUGACGUCGAACUAUCCAUCGAGGGUUGGAUCUCCUGUUCCACAUGCUUCGCUUCCAACUCAAAGUUCAAAUCAGCAGAAUAGUUUGAGUAGUGGUCUUAUUAAUAGGACUUCGGGAAGUUUUAGAUCAACAAAUUCCCAAACAACUAGUUGGUCCGCGCCGUUGUCAGUGAUGCCUCCUUCGCGGGGACGACAAAUUGAAACACAGAUAUUACUGAGAUACGCAGGUGGCGUUGGAACGGAAUAUUGUCGUCAGUCAACGUUACAAGUCAACUUAGAACUAUUGCCCAGCGUGUCUAUAACGCAUUGGGACGUCCUACCCGCAGAAAUACCCAGUCAACUUUACUUAGUACUGGAUGUAACAAAUUUGACCUCUGAGGAAUUGGAUUUACAGUAUACAGAUAAUAAACAUAUACUAAUCGAAGGCAAGGAGUCGUGUAGAGUACCCGUUCCCUUGGAUCGGUGUCCUUUCAAUGUCACAGCUAAGACUAAUGACGAUACAAUAGAUACAAAAUCCAUAAGCACGAGCUGUUCAAAUACCCUUGAACUAAUGUGUUCAGAGCAUAUUACUAACAAAGUGGAUCUAAGGUGGAAAUUAGUUCAGUCCAAUAUAAAUGGGAAAGCCUCAGUAAAGGGUAUAACGUUAUCCCAAGCUAUGAUAGAUAUUGUAAGGAUGUCACCGCUGAACUGGGAAGUGAGCAUAAACAAACAAUGUAUAAAGCCCCAAGAGGAAUAUAGUUGUAACGCUGGCGAAUGUUUGUCUCUGGGCGUUUGUAUAGGAAACCACCUGUCACGGCCCCUUCACAAACUUUGUUUGUCUGUGCAAUUCUAUCAAGAUUAUAAUAAUGGUGUUAUGAAUUAUAAAUUGGAUAAUUCAGUAGCUACUGCUGGGAACAAUAAAAUUGUGUUAUCAACGUUAGAGGAAACAGCAAAAGCCUACCACGAGUGUACAGUAGUCUUUCUGACUCCUGGCGAAUUUAAAAUCGACAUACAAUGUUCGACGACAGAACCUUUGACAGAUGACCCAAAUGCCAAAGAUAUGUCAAUUCAGCAAUGUGCUGGCGAAAUAAGUCACGUCUGGAGAUUUAUACCACCUGUAGCUAUAAGUGUUACAGAUUAGUUUAAAGCUAAAUGUUAUUUAUUCAUAUUAAAAUUGUUUAUAUUGAAAA